AUGAAGCUCGCAGGCUCGCUGCUUCUAGUGACUCUUGCUUUGGUGUUAACCACCACCUUUGCAGCAGAUCCCGAUGCUCUUCAAGACCUCUGUGUCGCAGACCUUGCUUCCGCGGUUAAAGUAAAUGGAUUCACCUGCAAAAGCGCUUCAAUGGUAAAUGCAACUGAUUUCUUCUCGGAGAUAUUAGCGAAACCAGGUGCCACAAACAACACAUUUGGUUCGGCGGUGACUGCAGCAAACGUUGAGAAAGUCCCAGGACUCAACACUCUUGGUGUGUCUUUGACACGCAUUGACUAUGCACCAGGUGGUCUGAACCCACCUCACACACACCCACGUGCGACAGAGUUAGUGUUUGUGCUUGUAGGGGAACUAGAAGUGGGGUUCAUAACCACAGCCAAUGUGCUAAUAUCAAAGACCAUAAAAAUGGGUGACAUAUUCGUGUUCCCGAAAGGACUAGUUCACUUCCAAAAGAACAAUGGAAUGGAACCUGCUGCAGUGAUUUCAGCCUUCAAUAGCCAAUUGCCUGGAACCCAAUCCAUUCCUCUGACCUUGUUUGCAGCCACACCACCUGUUCCAGACAAUGUUUUGACCAAGACAUUCCAAGUGGGUACCAAGGAGAUUAAGAAAAUCAAAUCUAGGUUAGCACCCAAGAUGUAA